UUAACAUGGCGGACUCCGUGUAAGUCGCGUUAACUCCGGAAAGCUUCGUGUGAUUUAACUGAACCGACGCGUACAGACCAUGAACGUACCGAGCUGUGUGUUCUGUGUUGAGCGGUGUGUGUAGCACCGGCCCCGGUGUGUGUCCGUCAGCCGGCAGCGUCCAUUCUUCACCGGUUAGGAAAGGUCUCAGCAGGCCGUCUGUGUGUAGCAGUGGAGGGAGGAUGAGCAGCCCGGGCCCCAGCAGUGGGACCAGCAGUGGGACCAGCAGACCAGCUGAGCUCUUUGAGGAUUUGUGGAGACAGCUUGGACAGUGCCACCAGAGCGCACUUGAAGAACUGGAGGCAAAAGUGAGCAAGCUGAAAAAGGAACGCUGUUUAGAUGCUCAGAGGCUGGAGGUGUUUUACAACCGCAACCAGCAGCUGAAGGAGCAAAACAAAACGCUGCAGGAUGCCGUCAGUCUCUUGGAGGACAGGCUCCGAGCAGGAGAGUGUGAUCACUGCACCAUCUUAGAGGAGAACCUGAAAAACAUCCAGGACCAGAAUCUGCACCUCAUCACGAAACUGAAGAAUGAAAGAAACAGCCUCGAGGAUGAAAACAGGAAACUACACGAUGAACUGCAGAAAUUAAAGAUGUCUGGCUCAGAGCUCCAGCAGGCAUCAACCCCAGACCAGGAGGAAGGCAUCAUCCCAGACUCACCUGUCCUGCCGAGCUCGCUGCCCGUGGUAAACAAACUGAAGAAACUGAAAAAGACGGACAAAGCCAGCCGUGUUCGCUAUGCAGAGCUGCCUUUACCACAGGCCAACAACUCACUGUUCAGGGAGCUGAAUAAGGAGCCUGUCGAUGCCUCCAAGAAUCCUGGAAGAGCAGAAGUGCUCGUACCCAACACAUGUGAUCUGGACACAUCCCAAACCUCAAACGCCGUGGAUCACGAUGUGGAAGAGGCGAUCGCAGAAACCUGUGGCCUCGAAUUUGUUGAAAAGCAUCACGUGAAAACCGAGACGACUGCAGGGCAGCAGCGCAGCUUAAAAAAUCCCUGGAGGAACAACGUUCGUUUAAACCUGGUCCACAGUCCGGACUCGAGCACAGAAAGGUCGCCGUCUCUUCUCCCCCGACUCAAGAGGCUCUCAGAAGAUGGAUCCAUUAACACUGCAAAACGGAAGAAGGAGGAAAGUGAGCCGGGAGUGCAGGAGGGGGAGGGCGAACACGUGCGAUCUGAACCGACCAAACAGACGUCCACGUCUUCGAGCAGUCAAAGCUUCAUGAAGCCUCUGGACAGAAAGGUUCAGUCAGUCCAGAAUGGGGCUUCCAGCCAAAGGCCAGAUGUUUCUUGUGCAAGUCCUGAUUUCAAGAAGCCGAACGGGAAGGUUAAAGGAGAUGGGGGACGUGUUGGGAAGAAGAGACACCCCCUGCAGGAUCUGAGCACUUCACAUGACCGGCAUGAAGCAGAAGACGCUGAGAGGAAGCACAGAGUGGAGCCUAUGUGGAGCAUUGACCCUGCACUCGCUCUGUCCAUGCAUGACAGUGAGUGGAGAGGAGACGAGGAAAAAGAGGAACCGUGUCCUGGAGAACUGGAAGACACCGACUGCACGUGGGUCAGUCACAGCGUACUGCAGGACAGGAGGGACAGUGUGUCUGGACUCGGCGUGAAGGUAAACGACAGUCUGGACCUGAUGUUCGACAUCACAGCUUACGGGGAGUACAAGUCCUGCAACAGUUCACACCUAGGCCAAAGCCAGGCCUGUGACGAGGAGGAGGAGGAGGAAGACGAGGAUGAGGACUGUGAACCGGGUUCUCCUGAGAACACUUCAGGCCAGAGUAAAGCUCAACACCCGACGUUUGCACAUGUGGCAGUGGUUCGCAAGAAAGACGAGAGAAGAAAACUGAAGGGCACGACCUGCAAGGAAUGUGAAACAUAUUACGCUCAUCUCCCAGAGGAGGAGAAACAGAAGAAGCUGACCUCAUGUUCGAGGCACCGUUUCCUUUACAUCCCUCCCUGUACUCCUGAAAACUUCUGGGAAGUCGGAUUCCCCUCAACACAAACCUGCGUUGAAAGAGGUUAUAUCAGAGAAGAGAAGAAUCCUCAGGCACGUUCACGGAGGAGACAACCACUCAAUGCGUUAUUCUCCCCAAACGAGAGACAGCAGCAGGAGAGCUAACGAGGUCUGUGUCUGUGGCACUGUCUGAUUCACAGCACAACAACUACAUCAACAACAAACCUGUUACUGGGCUGAACUUUCACUGAGGGCUACAAACUCCAUCCUCUUGCCUCAUGUCAAUGUGUCUGUUUUUAUAUGAUUGAAAUAUUUUUGGAUAAAUAAAAGUUCACUAC